AUGGUGGCUGGUGGUGUGUGUGUGGGCGUGAAACAGAAGAUAAGUACCACACCCACCGCCGCCAUCGCGAAGGAUUCUAUCCCUUCACCGCAAUUUUCACCAGAAAGCUCUCAACGACACGCAUCCCUGCCACCGCCACCACCACUGACCGAAAUCAAGAAUAUUAGCCCGAACGGGUCCCAAAUUAUCUUUUAUGGCUGCGAGCGAGAGAAGAACUAUGAAGAGAAAAUUGUGAACUCCAUGGAUGAUCAGAUUUUCAGCUGUAUUUUGGCCGGCAUUUCGGACGAGCUGGCAUCUCAGAUUUUUAGCGUCGCAACGGAUAUCAAAGGGGCUGCAAAAGUCAAAAUUCGGUGCUUUUCGUCGAGCAAUUUCACGAGCAGAAUCUUUCUCCAUUCAUUUGAUUUUCUGAUGGAGGAUGAAUUAGCUCAGUACAGGAAAUCGAGUGAUGCGCCUCUGUUGGAGUUCAUACCGAAGAAAAAAAAUCUGUAA